AUGUUCCAGAAAUUGAACUACCUUUUUCGUGGCUUUGAGACAUUCCUCGACUGUGGUGCCCAGAUCAACCAAAUCGUCAAGGUAGUGCAGUUCCAUCCGAAUAGUAAUUAUGUUGCCACAGGCUCCAGUGAUCGCAGCAUAAGAAUUUGGGAUAAUCUGAAUGGUAGCUGUGUCAGAGUUUUAACUGGUCACAAAGUAGUGCAGUUCCAUCCGAAUAGUAAUUAUGUUGCCACAGGCUCCAGUGAUCGCAGCAUAAGAAUUUGGGAUAAUCUGAAUGGUAGCUGUGUCAGAGUUUUAACUGGUCACAAACCUUUUAUUUAUUUUUUAUGUUUUAGCCCAGUUAUGGCAAAUUACCAUGACAACAGUGAUACUGAGGAAUCAUUUACAGAGCUUGAAAGUUCUGGCUCAGAAGGCGACGAUUCAAGCUUGGAUGAUUCCAGUGACGAUGACAGCGAUACCAAUACAGAUACAGAUACAGUAAUGGAUGAAACACAAUGGAGGAGAAUCGCAGAUUCUACUGCCCCUCCACCCCCUCGAUUUCCAUUCACAGGAACAACAGGUCUCAAUAUCCCAGGGAAUAUUGAAAGUAUGUCGCCUUUAGAUUUUUUCCAUGUAUUUUUUGAUGAUGAACUGAUUGAACUUAUUUGCACUGAAACCAAUAGAUUUGCUGAGCAAUGCAAUGCAGACCCAAAUACGUGGCAUCCUGUAACUCCACCUGAACUCAGAGUUUUCUUAGCACUAAAUACUUUGAAAGGGAAUUGUGAAGAAGCCUGA